GCGCGGGGGACAUGCGCGGCGCCACGAAAACAAACAAAAUGAAGGCUCAGGACAGUAAGGCGUUAUGGGCUCCGCAGACAGAAAAACCUAUUCAUUAUACAUAUUUGAAAGAGUUCCGAGUGGAGCAGUGCAGCCUCUUCCUGCAACACAAGUGCACGCAGCACCGCCCAUACACGUGUUUCCACUGGCACUUUUUGAAUCAGCGGCGAAGAAGACCCAUUAGAAGAAGAGAUGGCACGUUAAAUUACUCAGCGGAUACUUAUUGUAACAAAUUUGACGAAAACACGGGCAUCUGUCCUGACGGGGAUGAGUGCCCAUACUUGCAUCGCACGGCUGGUGACACAGAGCGUCGGUAUCACCUGAGGUACUACAAGACCGGGAUGUGUGUGCAUGACACUGACUCUCGGGGCAUGUGUGUCAAGAAUGGGCCACACUGUGCCUUUGCCCACGGCGUGGAGGACGUCAGGUGGGUCUCCUGCGCGGGGCAUGUGGGUGGUGCUGGAACAACUACUUUCACCAGUCUCCCCAGGCCUCCAGUGUAUGACAUUCGGGAGCUACAAGCACUGGAGCUAAUGGACCACGAAGGUCUAAAUGGUAGUGGCCCAAACAAUCUAGACAAGGAGCGGAAUAUGGUGAACGAUGACCCCAAGUGGCAGGAUACUAGUUAUGUUUUAGCAAAUUACAAAACAGAGCAAUGUAAAAGGCCUCCUAGGUUAUGUCGGCAAGGAUAUGCUUGUCCUCAAUACCACAACUCUAGGGAUAGAAGAAGAUCUCCAAAAAAGUGUAAAUAUAGGUCCACAGCAUGUCCCAAUGUUAAGCAUGGGGACGAGUGGGGUGAGCCAGGCAACUGUGACAACGGAGACGCCUGCCAGUACUGUCACACUCGCACUGAGCAGCAGUUCCACCCAGAGAUUUACAAGUCUACCAAAUGCAACGACAUCCAGCAGAAUGGCUACUGUCCCCGAGGGGCCUUCUGUGCCUUUGCUCAUCUAGACCAGGAGAUGACUUUAGUGAGAGAGACAGCUGCCAGUGAGAAUUGUAUAGGAACAAGUUUAGCAGAUAUUUUACAAUCCGCUCUGCCAGACACUCCGCCACUUCCAGGCACCAGUACCUCAUCCUCCACCAACACCACCAUUGCUAUGACCACCAAGGCAUCCAAUUGCAACAACGACUCGGUAUUUGGCAACGGCCCAAAUCAUUCCCAGCCCCUAGCACCCAUCGGCAGCAAGCCACGCCAUUUUAGUGGCAACACCCUGCAGGGGGGGCCAACAGACUCUUUGGGUCUGAGUGGCACCUUUGGAGGAGUCCUUGGUUCCUACCACAAAGCACCAGGAUCAGAAAGGGAAGACCGGGAAUCUCAAUUUAAGAAGCAGCUGGCAGCCAUUGAAAAUGAUCCUACUCUGGAUAUCCAGGAAAAGAACAAACGCAGGCAGGGUCUCUUCAUGCCCAGUGUGCUGCCUGGCAACCAUCACCACCCAUCAGUCAGCCUCUCCAUCAGCUUGCCUUCCUCUUCUUAUGUCUCCUCUCUGCCCUCCAGCCUCUCCUCCACUGUGUCACCUCUUGCUCCACCAUUCUAUCCCACCAGUGAUACUGUGGAGUCUGUAGUGGGAAGUGCCCUGGAAGACUUAAACUUGGAUGAACCUCUCAACAUUGCUGCCUCUUUAGAUAGGGAACUAGAAAAUGAAAGCAAUUCAUUAAAUAAUUCUAUAUCGUCAAGCUUUGCUAACUCAGGUCUACUUGGAUCCAGCGCCCCAGUCAACAUUCCUGGAUCAAGCUUUCAGGAGCGAUCAGGUGGCCUUAUCACCAAUCCCUCACCCUCUACAUCUUCCCCAGCCUUUACACACUCAUUCUUCCAGUCAUCACUACAUCGGGAAAAUUCUUUAGACCAAGGAACAGCAGCAUUCCUUGGAGCAAAUGGUGUAAGCAAAAUGAGUGGAGGUGGUCUCUUUGACUUGACGUCCAACAUGUCUCCACAUAAUCGUAACCAUCUUGCCAAUCCUCUCUCCCAGUCUCCUUUGGUUGCUCCCUUUAAUGCAGCAAACAACUCAGGCCCAUCAGAGAUCCAGCGCCUGAGAGAAGAACUGGUCACCAACAGAGCGAAGCUUGCUUCCUGGGAGGAGGGCAUUGCACAGGCCCGCACUGCCUGUGAAGCCUGGAGGAAAGAAGCAGAUGAGGCCACCAGGAAGCACAAACUGGCUGAGCAGACCAAAGAGGAGUAUGUGGCCAAGAUUGCUGCACAGCAAAAGGAAAUUGAGGAUUUACGUGCUGGCCGCUUAGGACCUUACGUGCAAGCUCUCCAUCCUCACACAGAACUGGAGAAACUCCCACUUCACACUCUAAAAGCACUUCAAAGUCAACUUAGGCAAGAUUUAGAUACUGUAGAUAAAGUAAUAAAUAAUUAUGGAAACAAGAGUGAACAAUGGCCUGGGAAUAGCAAUGCGUGGUAAGUGUAGAGUGAAGACAGGGCUCCAGCCUCCAUAUUGUUGCCAUCUGCAGGAGGAAAUCUUCUCUUAGGUCAAUCCUUAAGGAGAACAUCCAGUGAUUUGUUGGUCUAUGAUACCAAACCUCAGACAUUUUAGACUUUAUGCCAGGUUUUACAAUAAUUUGCUCCUGCUUGUGUCAUCAUAACUUGGUGAAGAGUUGUUAAUCAAGCCUCAAUGCGGCUGCAAAGAUAAUCUCAGCAUAUAUAUCAUUUUCCAUUACAGAAAUGGGUUAGGUUUAGAUACUUGUAAUGAAAGGAGGGUUUUGAGAGAGGUGACUUUUUUGCCCUCAUCCUCUCUCCCUUCCCCGGUGAUGUUCUGAUGACUGACUCAGUACAAAGAAUGCAACAAUGAAAGUCUCAUUAGCAUAGAAUGAUUUGCCCACAUUCGUGUGUGUGUCAUGUUGUGUGUGUGCCAGAGGUGACCAGCCCUCACUUGUUUACCACACCCAUUGCCAGGGAAGAGCACCUUUGCUCAUUUUGUACUCAAUUCCAGUAUUAAAUUUUACAGUUGCAGACGUACAGCUGUAGACUAUUUUGUAAACACACAUAUC